AGAAAUGGAUCCUAUUUUUUCACUUGCCGAAUCCACUCCUUAAAACGGAUACUGUACUCACAUUUAGCGCUUUAAUUUUCCACCGCAGUGCCAAACAAUGUUGUUGUCAACUUGUGUUGUUUAAUGGAAAGCAGAACGAUGUAUUUUGAGACGACUGCCGGCGAGGGAAGCUUUUAUGUGUUGCACGCCGGUUCCUUGCGCAAUGUUGUGUCUCCCUCAAACAUGUCAAACAUGUCCGCCGGCUUGUCGUCGUCUCCCGGCGCAUGAAUAUUUUGUUUCCUUCGGAGGGAACCCAAAUGAUCAAGUGACGCUUUUAUUAUGUCAAUUAAGCGUCUUUAUUACGUGACUUAUUGACCCUCACGUUUUGCGUUGUUUUUGCUUCGUGCCGACCAGGACUGUGGACACUUGCAGGUGAGCCAACUCCUGCCAUGCUGCCGCCCCCGGUGGUCGGCCAGUCGCUGCGCGGCUUCCUGAGGCCCCUUCGCUGGCACGCCGGAAGGCCGCCGCUCUUCCUGUGGCGCCCCCGCGUCCAGUGCCGGGGGGUCCAGAGCAGAAAGCGUCCGAGCCACGAGGAGCAGCGGAAGAGCCGCAACGAGACGCUGCUCACGUACGUGGCGGCCGCCGGCGUGGCCAUGAUCGGCCUGUCCUACGCCGCCGUGCCGCUCUACAAGCUCUACUGCCAGGCGACGGGCCUCGGCGGCACGGCGGUGAGCGGUCACGACUCGGACCUGGUGGAGAGCAUGGAGCCGGUGAAGGAGCGCGUGGUCAAGGUCACCUUCAACGCAGACACGCACGCCAGCAUGCAGUGGAACUUCCGACCUCAGCAGACGGAGAUCUUCGUGGUCCCGGGUGAGACGGCGCUGGCCUUCUACAGAGCAAAGAACCCCACAGACAAGCCCAUCGUUGGCAUCUCCACCUACAACGUGGUGCCCUUCGAGGCGGGACAGUACUUCAACAAGAUCCAGUGCUUCUGCUUCGAGGAGCAGCGUCUGAACCCUCACGAGGAGGUGGACAUGCCCGUCUUCUUCUACAUCGACCCCGAGUUCGACGUGGACCCCAGGAUGGCUCGCGUGGACACCAUCACGCUGUCCUACACCUUCUUCGAGGCCAAGGAGGGCCAGCCUCUGCCUCUGCCGGGCUACGGCUACCGCUGAGCCCGACCGGACUUUUGAACGUUCGGCUUUCUGAAGAUGGAUCAUAGAUUGACAUUGGAAUUCAGAGAUAAUCAGAACUGGAUAUGUGCUCAUAUGAUGGAGUGAAAUAUUUGGCUUAGCCUCGCUGCCAACUCGUCACUCUCUUCUUGUUGAGCGCUUUGUAACUUGUUUUUGAAAAGUGCUCCAUAAUUCAAGUGAUUACAUCAUGUGAUCUCAGUGUUUGAAAAAGUCCAAUCAGUCAAUAUGAGAUCAAGUGAGUUUUAUCAUAUUGCAACGGGAGCGUCGGCUGAACAUUUUUCUGUUGUCGGGCAGCAAGUAAAUCACGGCUCGACCGUAUACGGUACUGUACGUUGCUGUGUGGCGGGGGUGGGCAAAAAUAUAUUCCACAUAUUGAACCAGUAGCUUUUUGUCAAAUUUGAAUUGUGCAACAUUUUUUCUUAUUUCUAGGAUUUUCCAAGUCAGCGAGAAAAUAAGAACUCAUUUUAUUGGGAUUAAACAUACGGUGGUCAUGAACAUAUUUGGUGUACCUAAUAAACUGAUAAGGAAGCUUCACUAAAGUUCAACAAAUACAUAAAAGUUCAUAAAGAAUUACAUUUUAUGAGUAAAACAAUUUCAAAUAUUGCCAACUGUGGGAAUCUCAUUUUAUUACACUGAAAAAAGCCUUUUUUGUUUUUUUUCUAUUCAUAUUGUUGAAAAAUCUUAGUUUGUGAUUUUUUUUUUUUUUUUUUUUUUUUUUUUAAACUUUACUGUCAUCGAAAUUGCAUACUUGGACGGAAAGAGCGACGUUGGCAUUGGUAAAAAAAAAAAAAGAAUAAUAAUACAAUAAAUAAACAUUCGUAAACUUCAUUUUGGUAACAUUACAUUGAGUUCCAAGUCAUUUAUGUUUUUUAAACAUUAUCGUGCAGGCCAAGUAGACGUUAGCCUACCAGGGACGUGAGGAGCAGCUGCUUAAACGUUUCUAUUUCUCUCAGGUCAGCCAGAAAGAGGCCAUAAAACGUGAAACUAAUAGUGAAAAAAGGUUUUUAUGUGGGUUAUCUUGGGCUCAUUUCUCCAUGGCACAAAAACCUGACGUUUGUCGUCGCCGCCUUUGUUAAUAGUUGGAUUAUUGUCUGUGUUGAUUGUGUUCCCAGAA